GCCCUGCAGCUGUCCGUCUGCACUUUGGUCAUUUGGGGACCCCACCUUUUUCAUGGCGCAACGCGCUUGAUGACCAGUGGUCGGCGAUUGAAGCACCAGUUGCUUUAUGUACAUGCAGCUUCAUUAUUUGCUGCACUCUUGAGCAGCGUGCAGCGCCCCAGUACACAUGCACUCAAGUAAGGCCAAGCCAACUGGUUUCAAUGAAAGAAAUCAAGCUUUUGAAGGACACUAUCCAUCCUUAAAUACUAGACUGUUGUACUUUAUGUCUUCACGCUUGUCGGGUAAACUUCGCACCAGAAUCGUCGGCAGAGCGAAGGCCCAUGUGGCCUUAAUAACUUUCACUUCAUUUCAUAUCCUCGCCAUACUCGCUUUCCCAUUACCAUUCAGCACGUAGCUGGCCACCAGUCCUCCCAACGGACAAAGUUGGCGCAACGACGCUGCAGAAUACAUGCUCUGCAUGUACCACGGUAGAAUGAGUACUGAAUAGACCAGGCGGUCACACGCUGCCUGGCGACACUCGAGGGAGACGCAGGCCACUGAGGCGCCCGCUCAUGCCAAAUUCGGCGACGCCACUCGUCGUUGUGUCCGAGGAAACACUCGGGCAAUACACGAGCAUCGAAUCUGGCGCUCUGGUAUUGCAGCUGCACCUAUGCCGCGAGAAUGCAGGCAGUACACGCACCUCAAUUCUCAAAGGGCUCACGUCGUGCCUUCGCCCGGCUGAGGCUAAGCGCAGUCGGACAGCUGAGGAGACUUUCACGCUAGCUGUCGCAUCCGGAGGCGCACCGGGUGCCACUGGAGAGGGCAAAGGCAACCUGCUGCAAGAAUGGCUUGCCAGCGACGCCACAGCUUCGUCGGCGGCAAGGCUGGCGGCAGGGUACCUUUCACCGCCGGCCCGGAGGCCUCCCAGCUGUUGCUGCCGGUGCCGCCGCGCCAGUGCCACAUUUCCGCUGGUGACGGGGACGAAGGCAGCGGCUCUGAUUCCGGCGAGCCUAGCGCCGCUGGCGCGGCGGCAACGGCUGCGGUUGGCAUGAUGCUGAGGGUUCAGGCCUGCAUGCUACUGACGGCGGGCGUGUCAUCAGCACCAGCCCCUCCGCCGCCUACCACGACGACGUCCCGCCGCCGCCAGAGCACCGGGCGGCGCGGCAGUAGCAUGGGCAGUAGCAUGGGCAGCUCUGACGGAGCCGCCGCCGGCGGUGGCGACGGUCGCCGCAGCUGCAGCACCGUCAUUGCCUCCGCCGCUGCGACGCUGACGCCAGCGGUGCUGCUGACGCUCGUCGCGCCGGGCCACUCGGCGCCAGCAGCCGCGGCUAGCGGUGACAGGGCGGCGCCGGCGGGCGCCGCCGCCGCCGCCGGCAUCACCCGCGCCGCCGCCGGCAGCAUAGAAGGCUUCGCUCGUGUGUCUGGCGCGGCGGCGGUGAUCGACGCCGAUGCUUACGGCAUGGUGGCGGCGGCGGCUUCGGCAAGUCAGUUGGCAUCGUUGGGGAAGCCGCCGCAGCAGCCGCCUUGCAGGGGCGCAGAGGAGGCGGCUGCUGGUGCCGCCGCCGGCUCCGACCUGCUUCGUACCUGCCCGCUCUCCGCCACAAGCGCUGCAAAACGGGACCCGUCGUCACCAAAGCAGCAGCAGGCGUCUGCACUCAUCCCCACUGGGCGCUCCAUGUCGUUGACACUAGCGUCGUCGCGGCUGUCGCUCCGCCGUGCCGGCGACGCCGACGGCGGCGGCGGCUCCGCCGGCGCCACCGCCGCCGAGCUGCACCUGCAGCAGCUACAGCUGGCGCGGGCGCUGCGCGCCGCCAGCGGCAGUAGCCUGGGCCUGCUGCAACAGCCGUUGCAUCAACAGCAGCAGCAGGCGAUGCUGGCGGGUGCUGCCGGUGCUGGCGGUGGCUGCGGCGAGCGAACAGUGAUGCUGACAGCGGCUGGGCUGAUGGCGAUGGGAAGCGUGCCGUGCUGCGUGACGAUGCUCAACUACCCAGGGAGUAUCCUGUUCCAGAACGCCCGCAGUGUUGCCUUUUUUGGCGACCUCGUAGGACGGCCCUUGGGCGGCCAACUGCUGGCGAGGCUGUUGGGCGGCGCCGCCGCUGGCGGAGGCGGCGGUGGUGGUGGCGGCGCCGCCGCCACCAGGAGCGCCGCCAGCAUGGAUGUACAGGGCAGCAUUGCCCGUGGCGGCGGCCAUCCGUCUUCGGCUGCCGCCGCCGCCACCGCGGCUGCCGCCGCAGCCAGGCGCCAUUCAGGAGUGUUCAACGGCGGUGCUGGGGCCUCCGCGGCGGCUGGUGCCUCGGUGUGUGUGGAGGGCGUGGCGGAGGGCGUUGUACUGACAGCCAUGGGCGACGAGAGCGGUGACGAGGAAGACCAGGAGGAGGCGGCCGAGGCGGCGCGCAGCGGUUGCACGCCAAGGGCCGCCGGCGCCGGCAGCUGCGGCCUUUCGCGUGCUCCGAGCCAGCAUCACCAGCGGCAGAAGGCGGCGGAUGCAUCGCCGGCCGACACGCUCAUGUCCACGUUCCGACAGUUGCAACAGCCCACGAGCGCCAGCAGCAGCAGGAGCCGCCUGCAGGCGCCGCCGCCGUCGGCGGCCGCACCGGCGGCGGCUACGGAGCAGCAGUAUCAGCAACCCGCCGGUAAAGUGGUCAUGGGCGGCGGAGCCGGCGGCGGUGGCCAUGCUUCUGCUGGGGACCUGCUGAGUUGCAUGCUCGCGGCGAUUGAGCGUGGCGAGGCAUUCGAGGCCGUCGUUCAAGUCACGGCGGCUGGCGCGUCCUACUGGUGCAUCGGGGACGGCGCUGGCGGCCCUGCUGCCACAGCCACAGCUACAGCCGCCAGCGCCGCCGCUGGCAGUAGCAGACCUGGGGCCAUGCAAAAUGGCGGCAAUAGCAGCCACCACGGCUAUGAACCAUCUCGCCCAGCGCACUUCUCCGUCGGGCCGUCGUCGCCGGUGCCGGCACGACUGCUGCACAACGCCGGACGGGGGCCCCAAAAGCGCCUGUCGCCGCAGCCGUCGCUUCACCAGGAGGGGCAACAGCACCAAACCAGCUCGCCCUACGACUCGGACAAAUGCUGCGACGAGAGCUUAACGGCCACAUCGGGCGUACCGCGGCUGUUGACGGGAUUGGUGGCGGCGCCGGCGGCGGACAGGCGGCUGCCGCCGAACAUGCACAUGCAGGUCGUGGAUCCAGAAUCCGCGUCGUACAUGCCGGCGGCGGCGGCGGCCGUGAGCGGCAGCGUGUCAGGCCGGCUGCAGGGCAGGCUAGGGUAUUCCUGCGUUCCUGCUCAGGCACUGUACCGUAGCACGGACGGCGCGUGCUAUGGCGGCGCCAACGGCUACGCAGCAGUAGCAGCCGCGGCGCCGUCGAGUGCGGCAGAAGCGAAUCCCUACGAACCGGAUGCGGUAGAGAGAGCACUGCUUGAGGCGCUUCUGUCCAACGGCGGCGGCGGUGGCAAGGGUGGCGGCGGCAGCCGCCGUGGCCGGCGGCGCGGCGGCGCCGCCGUUGGCGGCGCCGAUCCUGCGGCGGCGCCUGCUGGCGUUGCCAGCAGCAGAGGCGCUCCUACGGCUGCGGUGACAGCGGUUGUGGCUGACGCGGCCGCAUUGGGGAAUGGAAGCAUUGCAAGGGCCGGCAUUGCAGCCGUAAGCGCCAGGAAGGGAGGCCUGGCAGCCGGCGGCGGCGGCAGCCAUGUUCAGUCACGCCGCCGGCUGACCUUCGCGCCCGACGCGACGGCGGCCGGGGACACAGCCACCUCCGUCGCCACCACGGACGGCUUGGAUGUUGACUGUGGCAGUACUAGCAACCGGCACACACACGCGGCACCACGCCGAUGCAUCACGACUGUGUGGGGCCCUGGCUCUGGGGGUGGCGGUGGCGGUGGCGGCGGCAGCACUGUUGUGCCGCGGCCGCCGCCGGACGAAGCUGCCACUUCCGCCAGCACAGCCUCCGCCACUGCAGCCACCACACCAGCAGCCGCCAGCUCCGCGGCCACCCCCUCAACCCGCUCCGCCACUCCGGCUGCCUCUGGCAUAGCUGCCGCUGCCGGCGGCCACGGCUACAGCAGUGGCAGCAAUGCAGCGGCCCCCGCCGCCGCCGCCGCGACCGCCUCGCGGGCUGUCGUGUUGGCGCCCGCCGACGUCGCCAGCAGCCAAUCUGACCAUCCCGCGGCGGCGGCCGCAGCAGCGGCGGCCGCAGACGCCUCGUACCUCCACGGCAGCCUCAGCCUCAGCCUCAGUCUGACUGACGCCUCACCCAGCUGCGCGGGUCGCAGCGCACAGGCCUGUGCCCUCAACUCCCCAGGCGCCGCCCUGCUGUUGAUGUCCAAUGAAGGCAACGCCUUCUCCUCACUGCUGGCGACGGCGUCGCCGUUAUCAAGGCCGGCGGCCGCGGCAGCGGCGGCGGUGGCGGUGGCGGCGUCAGGCGCGGCUGCAACAAGCACCCGCACGGCCGCGACAGCAACUGCCCCAAAGGCUUUGCGGCCGCCGCCGCUGGCGACGGGUGCCGCAGCCGGCACUUCUGCUAGUGGCAGCGCAGCCGUUGGCAGUGGCGACAAUGGCGGUGGCGGCGGCGGUGUCUGGCGCUUCCUGCGGCGCUCGUUGUUGAGCAGCAAGCGCCUCGGCGGCGGCCGCCGCCAGGCAGACAGCAGUGGCGGCAGUGACGGCGACGACGCAUUUAACAGCGGCGGUUCCCACUUCCCACUGGUUCCCACCGCCCGGUUUGCCAGCUGUACCGCUGCUGGCAGCAGCAACGGCGCCCUGCGCCGGCGCGCCCUGGCAGUGUCCGCACAGUUUGGGCGGUUGGCGGGAGACGGCGGCGCUGGAUCCGGAUCCGGCGGCGGCGGCGGCGGCGGCCGUGAUGGGGCCCUGAUGGCGCGUUCGCAGUCACAGGACUUGACUGCUGUCGCUCCAAAGGCGGCGGCGGUGGCGGCGGCAGAGGCAGCAGCGAGCACCAGCGGCAGUGGCUUCAGUCCCGCCGCCAAUCGGCGCCUGCUGUUGACUGCACCACAGCUGGCGAUGCCGCCGCCGCAGUUGCCGCAGCUGGCGGCGGCGCCGCCGCCAGCACUGGACAGCCCUCCUGGUUAUGGCGGCGUUGGCGGCGACGGCGGCGGCGGCAAUAGCAUGAUGGCGAUGCUGCGGACGUACGACUCCGCGUCAGCCGCCAUCCAGCAGGAAUCCGGCGGCAGCGGCCGCCUGCCGUCGCUGGCGGCGUGCGUCGCGCCGCGUGACCUGUUGAUGACGGAAGAUGUCGGCGUUGGCAGCAUCUAUGCAAGUGGCGACGGCGGCGGCGGCGGCGGCUUUGGUACGCUGCUGCUUAGCAGCCGCGGCGGCAUCGGCGGCGGCGCCAGCGGCGCCCGCGGCGCCAACAGCAUCAGCGGCGGCUCCGCCGCCGCCGGCGACACAAUGUCGAGGAUUGUGGCGGCGGCGGCGAACGCGAGUGCAAAGAAGCGCCGCAUGCCGCGCCGGGCAGCCAGCACAUUAUUUGAUGGCAUCGGCGGCGGCAUCAGCGGCGGUGGCGGCGGCGUGCCUCCUGCUGUAACGUCGGCAACAGCGGCGGUCGCGGCGGCGGCGGCGGCGGCCGCAUUUGGCACUGCUGGCGUCAGCAGGCCGCUUGUCGGCGUGACGCCGGCGGCCGCCACUCGCACCCGGUCGUGUGUGUUUGAGCCGUUGGGAUCUGGGCAGCUGCAGGAGUUGAUGGAUCCAUCGACGACGCCCUCUCUGGGACCCGACGGCGGCGGCGCCACUGCCGGCGGCGGUGCUAGUGCCGCCGCUGGCCGGGGCACGACUGCACAGGCGGCCGCUGACACGCCGCAGACGCUGAAAGGUGUAGCGCAGGACGCCGCCGCCACCGCAGCCAAUAUCUCUUAUCCCAGCGUUGACCUUCCAUUCCCACCUCAGCACCAGCAGCCCUAUCACAAUGCAACCGAUGGAGGGGUGGCAGCAGGCGCGAUGCUGGCGGUUUCAUCAUUUUCCCACACAGCAGCAACGACUGACGUUGUUCCAACAAGCGGCAACGGCGCCGGCGGCGGCACCAAUGGCGGCGGCACCAGCGGCUGCGGCGCCUGCAGCAGCGUUGGAAUUGUCACCACAAACGCCAGCACCGCUGGCGACGGCGCCGGCGGUGAGACGAGCAGCUUGACGCGUGCUUUCCUGGCAGUCAUGGCAGGUUCCACCAACUCCGGUGCCUCUGUAACGGCUGCGGUUGGCGCACGCGCGCUGGGAAGCGGCGGCAGCGACGGCGUCGGGCGCGUAUCCGCUCUGCUGCAGCUACCCGGCAGCGCCGGCGCCAAUGCUGCUGCUACUGCUGCUGCCACUGCUGCUGCUACAGCCGUCGGCGCGGUCUCGGGUGCCUCACUCGAGAGCUCGGGGAGGGUGACACGGGCGGAAGCCUCUCUGACUGACCUGCAGGAGGGCCGGGACUUUGCCGGCACGGCACCCAUCAGGCUACUGCCGACGCCGGAGCUACUGCCGCGGUCGGCGGCUGCUACAGCUGCUACAGCCGCCGGGCCCGUGCCCGUGCCGGGCGACGGCGAGCCGUCGCCGUUCCUGACGCGGGAGUCCAUACAGCACAACCACACCGCGUCAGCAGCCAUGCCCCAGUUUCGCCUGGACGGCUCUACUUCGGCUACUGCCGCCGCCACCGCCGACGCCGCCUCCACCUCCGCCGCCGCCGCCGCCUGCGACGGCAACAACACCAUGAGUGCCGCUGCCGCGGCAGUAGCUGCAGCAAGAUUGGCAGCCGCCGCAACUGCCGCCGCCGCCGGCUACGCCGCUGAUUACGCGGAUGUGGAUCCAGAUUUUGGCAAUGUGGAUCCCGAUCUUGGCGAUCAUGCGUGCCUUGAGUACAAAACACGCCUGCGGAGGGCGGCGCGGGCGUCUCGUAGUGCCGUCGACCUUUCGCCCAUGUACACCGCCGCAUUCCGGCGGCAUGCCCUGGCAGGCGCUUCGGCGGAGGAGGCCGCCGCAGCUGCCUCCAAAGAGCUUGCGACUGCUGCCGCGAUUCAAAACCUGGACGCAGCUACUGGCGCCGCCGCUGCUUCUUCAGCCGGCGCCGGUGCAAGCACUGGUGGUGCUACAGCCGCAUCAGGUGCGGGCACGGGUGGUGCUACAGCCAAUGUGGCAGCCGCGCUCCGCGCGGCGCGGCGGCGGUCCUACGUCGUCGUGCUGCCUUCCGCGCUGUCAGCUUUAUCGCCAUCCCUUGCCGCCUCCCUUGGCGCGGCGUCGCCGUCCGCCGCCGCUGCGUCGGCGGCGGCGGCCGCAACCGCGGCCUCAGCGGCACACUUCAGCCUGUAUGCCCCUGACACCAGCAGCGGCGGCGGCGCGUUCUUUGGUGGCGCAACGUCACAGGCGGCACGGGCUGUGUCCAACUCGACAACGGGCCCGCCGCCGCCGCCGCACGCCGUGACGUCAACGGCGGCGCGGCCGCCGCGCCUGCUGAACGACCCAGCCUCCCGUGUGCAGAGGCUGUCGACCUCCUUUCCACAACUGACCUUCGGUGGCGGCAGCGGCGGCGGCGCCGCCGCCGCCGCCGAUCCCUUUGCUGGAGGCGCGGCGGCAGGCGCGGCCGCCAUCGACGCCGCCGCUCCGGCGGAUUCCUCAACGUCGCCUGGCGCAGUGCUGGGCACCGCAGUGUCCGCCGCCGCCCGCUCGCCGCCGCCGGGGCGGCCACUGGAGCGUGUCGGGUCCUGCAGAUCCACCCGCCUCAGGAGCCACGCGCCGUCGGCGCUACAGCUGGGCGGCGGCGGCGGCGGCGGCGCCACAGACAACGGCGGCUGUGGCGGCGGGUCCCCCGGCGGCGGCGGCGGCGUUACCGUACCGAGUGAGGCGGCCAGCCCCAGGCUUUGGUUCAGGAGGCCCUCAGAAGCUCCAGGCUUUCGGAGUGCGGAGGGCAGUCCGGUCGCCAGUCCCGAUGGCGGCGCCGCCGGCGGCGGGCGCGGCAUGCUGUUUGGCCAAGCUGGCGCCGCGUCUAUAACUGCCGUGGAUAGCGCACCAGUGAUGCUGGCGGCGGUGGAGCAAGCAGGCACAGGGGCUGCGGGUGCGGCGGGUGCGGCGCCGCUGACGCGCUCACGUUCCGGCAUCGCCGCCGGUAUCAGCCUGCGCCGUGGCUUCAGUGCCAUCAACCGCGGGCGACUCUCCAACGUCAGCAACAGCAGCCACCUGCAGCCAGCAGGAGGCGGCGGCGGCGGCGGUGGCGCUGGCGGCGGUGGCGGUGGCGGCGGCGCACCGGCAGCGGCAUCGCCCGACGGCGGCGCCGGUGGGGAGUGCAGCAGGGACCUAGGUGACGUGAGCUAUAGCAGUCUCUCACGCAACCUAGUGCCUGUACUUGAUGCUGGAGUCGGAUUCGGCGUCAGCAGGGCCGGCGUCAGCAGCAGCGGCAUCGGCGGCGCCGCCGCCGCCGCCGCCAGUAGCUACAGCAGCGCCCACGUCCGCACGUGGGCGGACGCGCACAGUGGUCGCCUGGAUGGCAGACCCGCCACACCGUUGCCAUCGCACCGGUCGACGCGGGGUCGCGCCAGUGCCGCCGCCUACGGCCCCAACACGACAUACACGCCGCCAUUGGCGGCCGGCGGCAGUCGCCCCGUCUACCACAAGAUCCACAUUGCGGUGUGCCCCGCGCCCGCCGCCGCCGCCACCGGCUUGGUCGGAGACGCGGCGGCAGGGCCGGCGGCGGCGCCUGGCGGCGGCGGCCGCCAGCCGGUGACGCUGACGCUGACCCAGAUCGACGUGACGGAGCAGGUGGAGGCGCAGGACCGCCUUGGCAGGCUGCUGGAGCAGGAGCACAAGGUUCUGGAGAGCAUCUUCCCGCGUCACGUGAUCGAGUACCUGGCGCUGAACAGCACAGCGCAGGCGUCAGGGCUCGGCGGCGCCCGGCCUGGCGCGGGCAGCCUGUUCCAGUGCCCGGCCGCACGCGCGUGCAAGCUGGCGUCACUCGCGACCUGGCACCCCGGCGUCACCAUCAUGUUUACGGACAUUGUCGGCUUCACGAACAUGUGCCACGAGUGCCAGCCGCUUGAAGUGAUGGCGUUUCUGAACGACCUCUUCAGUCGCUUCGACGGCCUUGUGGACAUCUACAAGGUGUACAAGGUGGAGACCAUUGGCGACUGCUACAUGGUGGCGGGCGGGCUGGUGGCGCACGAUGACGAUGGCUACAAGUCGGUCAUCAGCGGGAAGGAGGACCCGCUGCACGCAGUGCGCGUCAUGGAGUUUGCCAAGGCCAUGCUGCGCGCGGCGCGCGAGGUGCGCAUGCCGCACAACGGCGAGCCCGUGCGGCUGCGCGUGGGGCUGCACAGCGGUCCCGUCACCAGCGGCGUCGUGGGCGACCGCAUGCCGCGCUUCUGCCUCUUCGGUGACACAGUGAACGUGGCGAGCCGCAUGGAGAGCACGUGCCGGCCCGGCCACAUCCACGUCAGCGCGGCCACUCAGGCGCGGCUGCCCAACGAGCCGUGGUGUGACCUGGGCAUGACGGCGGUGAAGGGGAAGGGCCAGAUGCGCACAUUCGAGUGGGAUGCCGACGCGGACGAGCAUCUGGAUGGGCAGCAGCUGCAGCGCGUGCUGGGGCUGUACCUGUAGCGGGGAGACGGCAUGCAACAUAAGCAUACGCUACAUACGCAUGCAAACAUUGACUAUGCACGAAAUUAUCUCAAGGUUGCACGCAACUCAAAGCGAAUGAAACUAACUCCAGUGAGUAUAUAGUGUACGUACGAAGUUAAUGUAUGGUGGGUACCCGCCGGGUUACAAAUGGCACGAAACCUGCAAGCUGGAAAACGAGACACGCACAGCAGAAUGUGCCUAUAAUCGCAUGCACAUACUGCUGCACGUGCUGCGCAUAAUCUGCUAAUCCAGUCUUGCUCUUGACAUUUCUACAACACUUCUACAUUUCUGAUAUACUAUCCACGGCACCUCUGUACGAGUCGCCCGGACAGCCACACACACGGUGUGCAACAUUAUUGCGUGCGAGCAUGCAAAGCAAGAGGAAUGCUACUGGGUGUGCUGCUGGUGGAAAAAGCUAAAAGAUGUCGCAACUCGCAAGUGCGCACUUAUGGCUAUGCCGUCUGUGUCUCUGCUGUUGAGCAGGUAGGGUGGUGCUGGGUGAGCAAAUGAGAUUGAAGAGCUGGUUAUCAGGUAGCACAGGCUUUUUUGCUUAGCUAAGGGUUCCAGGGGGGGGGAAAGCCCCCCAGGAACACCCCUGUCCGUGGCUGGUGGCUGGUGCGUCGGCAAAACAUAGCAUACUGGCGCAAACCGCGGCUGCUACGUAUUAGUAUGUGUUAAUGCCUAUUGCAUGUAAAUAGGUGGCAGGGAAAAUUCGGGCGGAGCGAGAAGUGCCUUCGCACGUCCAUGGACAAUUGACUUUCGCCACGUCCGGAUUUGCGGGGAUGCCAAAGGCCCCCAACAUAGAGGCGUGUGCUUAGUAGGCGCCCGCGUCAAGGUGGCUGGGUUGAUAACGACCCGGGAUCAGCCCUUUUCCUGCCAUAAGGCAGCCACCUCCUUGUUGCUUAGCUAGCAUGAUGCAUCAAGUACGGCUUUACGUACCUUACUCGACCAAUUCAAAGCACGGCAACCAUGCACCAAAUUUGGAUCUCAACAGAGCUGGCCUCCAGCAAACCGCUUACGUUUAGGCACAUCGCAAAUUCGUAUACGGCUCGAGCAUGCAUGCUCGGGGGUUGGCCCGGGUGGUUGGCAUGGGUGGUUAGGGGCUUGGGGGCUUGGCUUUACACAACACACGGGAUGGUCGGACACGCACGCACGUGAUAAAGUAACGUGUCCUGGGCUUGCACAUGGUGCGGAUGCAUGGCUGAUGUAUUCGUUGGAUGGGGGGAGGGUUGGCCCUUGAUCGCCAGCCAGAAAUGAGUGUUGCGUUUUGGGACCGUUGGAAGAAUUGGUAGCAGCAUACAUGUCAGUCUGCUGUGUUGUUGCAGUCUCACAUAUUGAAGGAGUGGGCCGAUGGGAAAUUUGGACGGUGAUAGGACAGAAGACAAAUGGCAUUGAAGUGAAACCCAAGGGUGUGGGACAACAGUAGUUGUGUGUGGUAACAGUAGUUGUGGGAUAACCGAAGUUGAACGUGUAUUGGGGGGGGGGUUAGAUUGAGUUCGGGGAUUCUGAAGUUGAUGACUUUACGGAGGCGGGGUUGGACUGGGCGGGCAUGAUGGCGCAGGUGGCUAGUGUGAUGCACGCUUGUCACAUACAGCCUGACCGACACGAACCGUGCCAGGCCCGCCGGUCACCCGCCAUAUUUUGAAACCAGUAGUGUGUUGUGGAUGCGUCAUUCCACUGCGGGUCAGUCUGAUGAUGAGGGAAUAUGUCCGGCGUAUGGAUGAGGGUCUGGAGGGGGGACAGUCGUGGGGGACAGUGUUGGAAGGCAAAGAUGGGCAUGGGGGGAAGCAUUGGAGGUGGGAGAUAGGAGAUGGAGGGAGCGUUGAGGCGUAUGGCUUGAUGGCGCCUGGAAGGCGAACCGACGCGUUGUCGCAUGUCCAAAAUGUGCCAGGGGUGAAGUGUGCGGGAUGCAAGGGCGUGAACAGGGGUUAGCAAUUCAACACCUUUCCUCGCUUCUUAAUACUUACCAGUCUACGCGUGUGUGGGCUUGUGAUCAUGCAGCUGUGUGGGAGGCCGGGAUGCCUGAUGAGGGCAUCUAGAUAAUAUGGUGGAAAGGACGACGGAAGUCCAGCACCAGAUUCUAGACUUCUAGACUUCUAAACUUCUAGGAGUUGCAGAUGUGGGCCAAGCAGUUGUCGCUCGUUGGGUGGCGUUGGGCCUCGGGCGUAGUCGCAGUUAGCCUGCUGCCCCCAGGCGGGGCUACUCGCAGGUAUUCAGCGCGUCUGAGCGCUAAUGCGUCAUUCCGUGCGUGCGCGCGGCUAGGCCGCAUAUCUGAGCACUGUUGCAGUAUGUUUUAGAAACUGAUUACGGUAAUUGGCACACAGGUGGAGAGCUGGGUUGGAGAGGUGGAUUGGAACAAGUGGGGCAGUGGGCGCGGAUGGGGAGGCAGGCGUGAACCUGUGGAUGGAGGCAAGAAGGGAGUGCCGAAGCGUGUUGCGGCGUGCCGGUGCGUGUUGCUUCUACUCAGUUUCAUGAUUUCUGGAUAACGGUUGCUUCAGGUUCCUUUGGCUGGCGGUAGAUGCGCCGGGGCUCUGGGGACUGGGGCGAGCCGCAUGUUGUCAGCCACUCAGCACGCUAUGCGCAGCGAUACAACGCGGCACGGCGCCUCAUCAGUGCAGCGUACGCUGCGGUCUCCCUGCUGCGGUUCGCGGCGUGGGGCGUGCAACACUGUAACGGGUCGAGAGC